AAGAAAAAAAAUCUUAGAAACUAUAAAACCCUAACCCUGUGCGGCUGUGCCUCUCUGCUUUCGUAGAGAAACCCGAUGAUGAUGGCCAAGGAAUUGCCUGAAGACUUGGUGACGCAGAUUCUGCUACGGCUUCCGGUCGUUUCUCUAUUGCGAUUCGAGUCCGUUUGCAAAUCCUGGUACGCUCUCAUUACUCACCAACACUUCAAAGGAAAACACCUCCUACACAACAAAAAGAACAGCAACAACACCCUCCUUCUCCCUCUAAGCACCUACGAUGAUGUUGUGCCUAUGCUUUCUUAUGAAACACUCCAAGUAUCCCUUACACAAUCUUUACCUCCACCGUAUUUUGUGAUCGACGAGGAGGCUAGGUGCCCCUAUAGCAUUAUUGUCGUGGGUUCUUGCAAUGGUCUCGUUUGUCUCUUCAAUAACUAUUCAUUACAGGAGUUUAUAUGGAACCCUGCAACUAAAGAAACAAAGGUUGUCCCCAAAUCAAACAUGUUCCCCUCUGGCUAUCACGCCAAUUUGAAGGGUAUCGGAUUUGGUUUUGAUGCGAAAACUAAUGACUACAAGAUAAUCAACCUUCUCACUCCCUAUAACAACCCUGACCCUAAAUCAAUCCAAAGUGGAAAGAUAAUCCAAAGUGAGGUAUAUAGCUUAAGUGCCGAUUCUUGGAAAAAAGUUGAUAUCCCAUUGUCUGUUACUAUUGACCGUUAUUAUGCUCCGAUGAUAUACAUCAAUGGGAUGGCUUUUUGGCGGGCAUAUGCGGAUGAUUGGGAGGGUGUUUUGUCAUUUGACAUGAGCGACGAGGUAUUCCUAAAAACACCGCUGCCAUUGCUUUAUAUUAGAGACUUUUUCGUGUUGAAUGAAUCGACUACUUUGGCAGUUGGUGUCAUUGCUGAAGAUGGUUUCGAUAUAUGGUUGUUGCUUGAAGUUGGUGUUAAGGACUCCUGGAGUAAGCUUUUCACUAUUGGGCCCUUUACAGAUAUUAUGAGACCAUUAGGAUUUUGGAAGAAUGGCAUCAUGUUCUUGGAAAAAUGUGAUGGGCAGAUGGUCUUGUAUGACCCCUCUACCAAACAAAUGACUGAUCUCCUACUUGGUCAUAGCUGGUCACAGUUGAUUACUUACAUGGAGACCCUAAUUUCUGUCAAGAGAGAAAAUGUAUUUGAAGAGCAAGACCGUUGUUGACAAUGGCCAUCUUUCUAUAUAUGUUCCAAGUCUGUUUCAAGCAGCAUAUAUGUUCUGAGACAAUAUUUUAUGCUUAUUCUUUUCAAAUGAUGUCUUUCUCAAAUAUUUUUAUUAAGGGUUCUGGAGGAUAUAUUUAUUUUA